CAAAGGUGUAAAUAUUAGAAAGAGAAAGAAGACCAUGGAAGAGGUUAGAGGGAGUCGAGAAACCUCUGCGUCUAGUGCUGAAUUGUUGUCGUUCGUCGAUCUCAAGUCGCGGAAGACCGCCGUUGUUAUCCCGCCACCGGCGCCUUCGCUGUCUUAUCUGACGGCCUGCUCCCCUUUUCUCUAACCUCGGUCGGUACUGGAUAUCCAGCACGCAGUUGAAGGAGACCGCGGGGCGGAACAAACCCUAGCGGGAAGCGAGGAGGAUGAGGGGGUACGUGACGCUGCCGAUCGUGCUCGUGCUUGCGGCAGUGGUGUACAUCUACUUUACCACCGUGUUCGUGGUGAUCGACGGGUGGCUGGGACUGUCCACGGCGUCUGGGCUCGCCAACGCCGCUGCGCUCACGGUGCUCGCCAUCAUGGCCCUGAUAACCUACGGGAUGGCCGUCCUGAAGGACCCCGGACGCGUUCCGUCAGCCUUCGCCCCGGAUAUUGAGGAUGACGAGAAUGCCAUCCACGAGAUCAAGAGGAAGGGUGGGGAUCUGAGAUACUGCCAAAAGUGUUCACACUAUAAGCCUCCACGUGCCCAUCAUUGUCGUAUUUGUAAAAGAUGUGUUCUAAGAAUGGAUCACCAUUGUGUAUGGAUAAAUAACUGCGUCGGGCAUGAAAACUACAAAAUUUUCUUUGUUUUUGUGCUCUAUGGUGUGUCUGCAUGCAUCCACUCUCUGGUUCUUCUUAUCGCAAGUGCUUGCUAUGAGCUUCAAAAGGAUCAACAACAGAAUGGUGAAUCCUUUAAUAAGUCUUAUAUCCUAUGCGCAGCUCUACUGUGCCCUUUAACUGUCGCGUUAAGCAUCCUUUUGUUUUGGCACAUCUACCUUAUCCUACAUAAUAAGACUACAAUCGAGUACCACGAAGGAGUAAGGGCUAUGUUGCUUGCAGAAAAAGUAGGCAACAGCUAUCGACAUCCUUAUGAUAUUGGUUUAUUUGAGAACCUUGUUUCUGUUCUGGGACCAAACGUCGUCUGUUGGAUCUGUCCAGUAUCAAAACACAUAGGUUCAGGUCUUCGAUUUCGAACUUCAUUCGACAUUCCAGUACCUAGGCCAUCAGCUUGAGAUAUGAUGACGAAGAUACAAAAGAUAUGAUGACGAAGAUACAAAAGGAACUAAGCUCUCUCUAUUGUGAAAUUUAUACUUCCAGCCAAUGGAGCUCGCUGAUAUUGCUUCUAAAAGCUCAAAAAUCCUCGAGUCACUGGCAGUGGUUCUAAUUUUCAACUUGCCUGUUGGAGAAAGAAUGUGAAUAGGUAAAUGCAGUAGGCGUUUGCACGCGUGCUUUAAAGAAAGGAAGAAAAAUCUUAUGGAUUUUGUAAUCAUGUGGUACGAUAAAAUAAGAGGUAUGAUUUGAUGUAGAAAUAUUUUUGAGCUCUGCUUCAAAUAGCUCAAUAGGCAUUCGGAGACUCUGAGAAGGCAUGAGCACUCCAGCAAAAACCUGCAGUAGCUAUCGCUUCACUGGACCUUAGAAAAUCUGUAGAUAAUAUUGGAUAUAUUUUUUAUUUACUCAGAACUUGAUGUACUCAUAUUUUCUAAAAAUCUCAAAUUUAAAUCGUUA